AUGUAUCGAGUGCAGGUUAAUACUCGUAUUGAAUCAAGUCGAUUAUCUCAUGAUAUUCAUGCGCCUCAAAAAGCAAUUUAUCGUAUUCGUUCACAAUCCAAUGAACAACGAACUCAAUUUAUUAUUGAAACAUUUUCACAUUUUUUUCAAGCUGGUAUUCGCGAAAAUCCAACUGCAUUUCGUGGUCGUUUUCGUAAAAUGGCAGCUACACCAUUUAAUUUCUAUCGUGGAUCAGCAGUCUUAUUUUAUCAAGAUUUAAAAGUUGAUCAAGAUAAAUUUAUUGCCAGAAACAAUGCUGCCGGUCAAGUUUUUAUUCACGGUGACUUACAUGCAGAAAAUUUCGGUACCUAUUUAGAUCAUGAUGGUAUUCUCAAUUUUGAUGUUAACGAUUUUGAUGAAGGUUAUGUUGGUCCAUUUACAUGGGAUGUUAAACGUUUAGUGGCUUCGCUUAAUUUAAUAUGUUAUUCAAAAGGUUUUUCAGAUAAAGAAAUUGAACAUAUACUUAUUGUUUGUGUUGAAGAAUAUUUAAAACAAGUUUAUGAAUUUUGCAAAAAAGCAAAAGAUCGUUUUGCAUUAACAUUAAGAAAUACAUCAGGUAAAAUAAAAAAAUUAUUAAAUGAAACUCGUAUCAAAUCUCAUGUUGCACAUUUGGAUUCAAUGACAUGUAUUGAAAAUUAUGAUCGACGAUUUAUUCGUUCAAAAUAUAUUCAAGAUGUUGAUGCUAAUUUACGCGAUGAUUUAAUGCGUGCUUUUAAAAAAUAUUUAGAAACAAUACCAGAAAAUAAAAGAAAUCCAGGAAAAAAUUCUACUAAUGAUCAAGUAACAUAUAAAAUCAAAGAUAUUGUAGCACGUUCAUCACCUGGAAUCGGUUCAGCUGGAAAAAUUUCUUAUUCAUUUUUAAUUGAAGGAGGAUCUGAAACACUUGAAAAUGAUAUUAUUCUUUAUAUGAAACCAGCACAAAAAUCUGCUGUGUCUUAUGUUGUACGAAAUCCAGCUGUAGAGGAAUAUUUUAAACAUGAUGGUUUACGAACAGUUUUAUGUUCAUAUGCAAUGCAAGCAUCAACACCUAAAUGGUUAGGUUAUACAACAUUAGGUACAAUUCCAUGUCUUGUUGAUGCAGUUACAGCACAUUCAGAAGAUCUUGAUUGGUCUGAUAUUAAUGAUUUUAAAGAUAUUGUUGAAGUAGUUCAAUAUCUUGGACGUGCUAUGGCUGACUCAGAUUGUUUAAAUACACCAAAAGAUGUGACAGGUUUACCGUUUUCAAUUAUACCAAGAGAUACUGAACAUACAAUUCGUGAUGCUAUUCGUGGACAAGAUGAUGCAUUUAUUCAAGAUAUGCUAGAGUUUGGCAUGAUAUAUGGUGAACAAGUACGACAUGAUCAUCGUCUAUUUUUUGAAGCAUUUCGUAAUAAUCGAAUUCAAGGCCUUUGA